AUGCUACGGCUAGGAUCCCUACUCUCGUUCUUCUUCAUUUUCGCGGCAUGUCUCGCCUACCCUGGGAGUCUUGCCAGCAGGGCCACAGUCACCCCUCCUAGUGCAGACCCCUUCUACGAACCCCCAUCAGGAUACGAGGACAAAGAACCAGGGACUAUUCUGCGACACCGAAGGGUACCCAACCCGAUAGCCCUAAUCGACCCCAUAAAGAUCAAACUGGCGGCUGCCUACCAAAUAUUGUACCGAUCCACCGACAACUGGGCAAACGCUACAGCAACAGUCACCACAGUUCUUAUCCCAGAAAACGCCAAUACCUCGAGACUCCUGUCGUACCAGAUCCCAGAGGACUCAGCUUCCGUCGAUUGCGCUCCAUCAUAUAUUCUCCAAACCGGCAUGGACGACAGCGAUAUCCUUUCCAAAGCAGGAAUUCAAAGCCAUACAAUCCUUUUCCGAGCGGCGCUGGAGAAGGGCUGGAUUGUGAGUCUGCCGGAUCACGAGGGUCCCAAGGCCGCCUUCUUGGCGAAUCGUCGCGCUGGACAUGCGGUUCUGGAUGGGAUUAGAGCUACCCUUGCCUCUUCGGACUUCACUGCUAUCUCUCCAAACGCAUCCGUCGCGAUGUGGGGUUACUCCGGAGGAAGUCUGGCAACCGGAUUCGCCGCUGAACUCCAGCCAACCUACGCUCCCGAUCUAGACAUGAUCGUUGGCGCAGCACUGGGAGGGCUUAUCGGCGAUAUCGAGGUCGUCACGUACACCGUUAACAGGGGCCCGUUUGUGGGACUAGACUUCGGGGGCUUCAACGGGAUAGCGCACGAAUACCCCGACAUCGCGGCGUUAUACGAGGAUCAGCUCAUCGAGAGCAAAAAGGCGAAAUUCUACGAUGCGAACCAUAACUGCUUCUUGGCAAAUGUCAUUGAAUACCCCUUCGAGGAUAUCUUCUCCUAUUUCAAGGAUCGCAGCAUCCUAAGUUAUCCGCCAAUGCAGCAGGCCUUAAAGGAUAACAACCUCGGACAGAAUCCACCUAAGAUGCCGGUUUUCGUGUACAAGGGUGCUCUUGAUGAGAUUAGUCCUGUCAGUUCUACGGAGAUCAUUGUGUCGCGGUAUUGUGCUGGCGGAACGGUGGUCAACUAUAAGGAUGUCUUGACGCACGAGCAUAUACUCUUACAACUUGAUGGGUUUCUGGAAGCGUUUGCUUGGCUAGAGAAGAGGAUGGAUGGUGAGAUUAUGGAGAGUGAUUGUUCGCGGACUGAUGAGCUGUUGCCGAUCUCUGAGCCAGGCAGUCUAGGUGUAGUCGUGCCCACCGUUGAGGGUGUCGCUGGUGAUGUGGUCGGUACCGUUCUCGAUUAA